CUGGGAGCGGCGGCGGCGGGAGGGGAGGAGGAGGAAGAGGAGGGGGAGAGAGGAGGGGAGGGGGCGGCGAGGGCGGCCCGUAUCCUCAGCAAAGCCGGCGGGGAUGGAAGAGAGGCGCGGCGGUGACGGGCCGGGCUGCGGCUGCAAGGGGAUCCGCUCCUGCCUGCUCUGCGAGGGGCCCGCGCAGGCCGCUCCGCCCCCGCAGGGAGAAGAUAAUUUCACUUACUGUCCAGCAACAGGCCUAGCUAAAGGAAAUGAGCACUCGGAAUUUGCUGGCUGGGCAUUUCCAUUUCCAGGGGUGUUUCUGAUGGAGGAGUUCGUUAGCAAAGAUGAAGAAUCUGAGAUAGUUGAACUGAUGGAUCGAGAUGACUGGAAACCAUCACAGUCUGGCCGAAAGAAACAGGACUAUGGACCCAAAGUGAACUUCAAGAAACAAAGGCUGAAAGCUGGCAGCUUUACCGGUUUGCCAAGUUUUAGUAAAAAGAUUGUGGCACAAAUGAAAGCCUGCUCUGUACUUGGCAGUUUCUUACCUGUUGAACAAUGUAAUCUGGACUACAUGCCAGAGAGAGGUUCUGCCAUCGACCCACAUUUUGAUGACUGGUGGCUUUGGGGAGAGCGUCUGGUUAGCCUAAACUUGCUCUCAAAAACCGUGCUAUCCAUGUCUUGUGAUUCAGAGGACAGUAUCCAAUUAUUUCCCACUUACAGUAAAGAAAAUGGGGAAUUGAGUCCCCCUGGAUCUCUUACACAGACGUCAGCAUGCAAAAAUUCAGACAAAGGGGGAAUCAACUGCAUUUUAUCCCCAAGGCUUGUGCCAAGUAAAGAGGUGACUAUUGCCAUUCACUUACCCCGAAGGUCUCUGGUGGUGCUGUACGGUGACGCACGGUACAAGUGGAAACACGCGAUUUACCGCAAGCAUAUAGAGCAUCGCCGAAUCUGUGUCACAUUCAGGGAGCUGUCUGCAGAGUUCAGCGCUGGAGGAAGGCAUGAGGAACUGGGUAAAGAACUGCUAGAAAUAGCUCUUUCAUUUCAAGGAAGACCGGUGUGAUCAGCAAGGGGAAGAUGGAAUUGCAAUUUGUUAGGAAAUUUGAAAAAUAAAAGUACAGAAUUUGUACAA